CGUAAACAAACAUGGCGGCGUUUCCAGAGAAACAGAACGUAAUAUAUUUCGCUAAACUGACCCAUGUUUGUAUCGGUAACAUCGGUUUGGUGGCUACAACCUCGAGGAAAAGAUGAAACAGAUAUUGUGCAGUUAUCAUAAUAGGUUUUUCCAUCGUAUAAUUCUGGCCUAAGACGUAUUUGGCACGAAAUUAAGCAGAGGAAAUAUGGCAUGUUACGAGACAGGGCUGACGACAGCUUGUCUUGUUCGCGUGCGAAAUAGACAUUCUGAAAGAGGAAUUUACGUGUCCAGGGAAUAGAGAUUAUGUGCUCUACGACAGAUAGAUGCUGGGCAUCUCCAAGAAACAAUCAGCGUCUGAACCAGACAUUCCCUCAAGAACAAACACCGACUCAAGGCAGAGCAAACAGAAAAAACCCACGACUGACUCAUCCAACAGAAUCCGGUUUCUCAGGCAGAUUUAUUCUGUCGUUAUUGGUCUUUAUCAUAAACCUCAUUCUAUUCGCAUUACUUCUCAGUUUUGUGAUUCUCGUGGUUCCAGUGUGUUUUUUCGCGAGGAAACUCAUUCUUUAUUUCAGUAUUCGGCAUUAUCGCGAUGGAAAGCUGAGCAAAAUGUCGGCUUCCGAAGCUGUUUGGCUUCAAGCAAGUUGUGUAAAUACAGCUCCGAUGUCUAAUGUUUUCUUUCUUUUUGAAGGAAGAAUAACCAUCGAUGAGCUUGAAAGCUUUGUCAAAAGUAAACUUGUGCAUCAAGAAAUGCUUCUAGGAAAUUUACGAUUACUAAAACUAAAACAAUCUCCCGUGCCGAUCUUGAGUGGAUAUGGAUGGGAAGAAAUAGACAAUUUAGACGUAAACAAUUGCGUUUUUGAAUUUAAAGGAAAUUCGUCGUCAGAUCCUGGAGAUUUGAAAGAAAUUAAGGAAAUAUCCAACUUCAGUGGUGGAGAAGAAUUAUGGAGAGUGGUCUUGUUCCCGAAAUUUAAUGGGAGCGAAGAUACUGGGGUGCUGUUUCAAAUGCAUGAAAGCAUUGCGGAUAUAUUCCCCUUUGUUAGAAUUGUACUAGACUCGCUUGAUUACAAGACUGUCUUUCUCAAGAGGCACUGCUUCUUCCUCGGACGUUUAGCCUCUUGUUUCUUCGCUAGCUUCACUGGACCACUUGUAAUUCUCAAGAGACUACUCAUGACAAAGCAGGAAGAUUUAUGUGGGACUGAUCAUGAGGGAAUGCAACAGAAUAGUGCAGACGAUACCUUCCAAGUUUAUUGGUCUGGACCGAUAGAUUUUAAAUCUGUCAAGCGGAUCAAAGAUGUAACUCGUACAGAAGGUAAUAUUAUGUGAUAUGAAUUAGUAGGAGAACUGGGAAAUCUCCAAGAGGUUAUAUUUUUUAAAGUAAUUGUAGUCAAAUAUUUCGCUGAAAUCAGAACAAUUUUUUUUCCAAUAAUAACAGAGGAAAAAAACAAACACAACAUUAGAGAAAGUGAUAGUUACAGCGUAAUUGGGAUUACAAGUUAAACGACCGUUAAAAUCAGAUGUUAGAGCAACAUUUGAUGCGCAAAAUGCUUGAGCAGUGUUUUAUAAAUAUAUGAACUUGUAGAAAUGUUCUCCAUUUGCUAACAUAACUCCAAUUAGCUUCUUUUUUUUCACUCUAUUUUUUAAGCAAAUUAUAAGAGAAGUUCUUUUGAAGUGGUCUCAACAUUAAACAAUAUUGGUUCUGGCAAAUGUUGAGUGAAUUUUGGAAGCAUUGCCUUAAUCUAUAUGGACAUAUGUGUAUUUUUAAAAAGUGCUUGUUCAUUACUGUGGUUAGUAAAACACAUAUACAACUUGUAUUUUGCAUCCUGAAGUCUUUAAGAGGGACCAAGGCAAAUUUUUUUGCCAGCAGCCCAGCAAUCCUAUGGGAUUCACUUUCUUAUUCUAUCCAUUAAGCAGUGCUUUCAGUAAGACCUGGUACCUGUGGGAGCUUUGGUGGGUAUUCUGUUGUAAGUUGAGACCUAAAACACCUUAAGUUUUUCUAUAGUUCUUUCAGUUGAAUUUCGGCUUUAUGAACAAGUUUUGAUAAAAAUGACUGAUAUUGUCUUAUCAUAUAUUCAGCAUACAUUCAAUACAUUUCCAGCAAAAAAAAAAAAAAAGGAUUUUGAGAUUCCAAGAACAUACUGACUAAAAUUUCAGUAACCAGUAACCAUAUGUCCUUUCAGUGGACUUUUUGAGUGAAACUCAAGAAGCAGGCUUGCAUGCCAGCAAAUGCAAGAUUUUGAUCAGUAAUGUUAUAAAGGAGACAUAUAUUUGAAGAUCAUCAAUGGAAGUUUAACAACAAAACUCUGUUUGAUACCAGUUUAUUUUUGAUGGAAAUGAUGGGAUAACAAGAGGGAAUUUUUUUUAUAUUCUUCUCUGGUGGGUACUUUACUGAGGUAGCCACCUUCAAAUCUGCUCUGCCUUCAUAUUAAGUAAUUUGGUUUUAUCAACUGAGUUGAUAUUGAAAAUUGGCCAACUUAAAGAGUUUCUAAAGCUGAUGUUUGGGUUAGAGUUAAGUAAGAGGAAAGUGGCUAACACUUGAAACCUCAGGUUUAGAAACUCUUUGUGGUGGUCAAUUAAUUUAUCAAAUCACAUUAUCUUUUAAAUUUACCCUCAAUGGAGUUAGCACCACAUUUUCUUUAGAAACUUAAUCCCUUAUGUAAAAGUGGUUUGGAUCCUUGACUGCUUGCAAUACAUUAAAAUGCAUUAUAGAUGUAUUUGAGAAAGGGUUCAGUAAGGGAAAGUCCUUGGCCUUUUAUUAUGACUGUAUGUUCUUGUGAGACAUCCUCCUCCCAAAUCACACUUCCCAAUGUUCAUCCUUGGGUUCCCAAUCUUUAUAUUGGAUUUGAGGUUCACAAAGUUUGAUAUAGUUGAACCUCUCAGGAUAGAAAAUCCACAAAGCUCUAAAACGAUGUCCCCUAUUACGGAUAGCUUCUCAGUAGUGAACUUUACUCAGCAUCUGCCCAAGAAAUUGGGAGCUGUUCAUCCAUUGAAGCAGGGUUUGCUUGCAAGUCAGUGUUUUUAUUUGUAGCUGGUCAUUGCUGGAGUUUUAUUAUUUAGGUUAUUGGUCAGCUCAUCUGACAAGGUUCUUUCAGUGGAAAUGUUAAAUGUACAUUUUGAUAUUUAUUCAUUUCAUUGAUUUUUUUUAGUUAUGAUCAAGAAUUAAAAAGUUUCACUUUGGUGUUAUUUUUUUAAUUGAUAGAUUGAUUGAUUAAACUUGUUUUAUUUGUUCAUUUUAAUAUCUAAUAUUGAAUAAGCAAGAUGUAAAAUAAUUUCUUGGAAUUUUUUAUUUCAGUUGACAUUAUUCUGCUUUCAUGUGUGGCUGGUGCUAUUCGUUCCUUCCUCCAGAAAUCCAGAGUUCAAUACCCUGAUGAUGUUCGAGUCUGUAUAAGAACUGAUGUAAGACCUCAGCAUUCCAGACUCGAGCUAGACAACAAAUUUUCCAUGGCUUUUAUCAAACUACCAGUCGGCACAGAAGGUACAGUCCCAAUGCUUUGUUCUCUAGAACAGAUAGUGUUCACAAUGGGUUUUAACCAAGGUGAACUCACUAAAAUAUUGAGAGCUUUCUCUCAAAAUGAGGGUUAAGGUUGGGUGUGAUUGGAGUUCCCUUCCAUAAUAGCCUAAUAACUGUGAUUUAUUAAUUUGACAGUGGUUGCACUUGUAGCAAUGUAACUACUGCUACAAAAGUGGUCUUAACAUUUGUGAGUUACUCAAUGUUACAAUUUUAUGAGACAUAAUGCUAUGUUGUGCUUUUGUCUUGUCUUGUAGAUGACUUGCUGAAUUUCAUUAUAGAAAGUGCUUUUUGUGUUGGGGGAUCACAAAAAACAAUUGAUACCCAUGACAUCUUUAUUAAGAUGUCAUAUAGAUAUUAUUUAUUAUUAUUAUUAUUAUUUAUUAUUUAUCUUUAGUUUCUUUAUUAUAUUUAUUAAUGGCUAUAGAUUAAUUAGCUAUGUUUUCUUCUUCGAAGGUGCUGUGCCUCGACUUUGGGAAACCAGACGCAGAGUAGACAAGUUUUCUUUUACUCUUGAAAGCACUAUCAUGUAUGGCUUCAUCAAGCUGUGUCUUCUUCUGUUUCCCUUGUCUGUCGUGAGGAGGCUCAUUAAUUACCUGCUAAACAAGGUUUCGUGUACUGUAACCCGAAUUCCUGGACCCAACAUGCCAGUCUAUUUGAAUGGCAAAAUGACAAAGAUGAUGGCGUGCUGGACUCCUAGAAAGACCCAGAAUGGUUUUUCAGUCUCUAUUACAAAUCAUAGCGGACAGAUUUACGUCGGUCUAGUUACUAAACACUCCCAAAUGAAUGACCCUUCACUGUUACUGGCAGAGUUUGAGAGAGAGGUGGCCGAUUUAGGCAACCACUUGGGUAAAAGAGCAUUGCCAUCGCAUCUGCGUUGGCGUCUUAAAGUGGAUCAACAACUGGUUAAUGCAGUUAACGAGGAAAGGGAGAGGGAGGCCGCAGAAAAUGACUUGGUUUGAUUAUAAGUGAAAUUCAAGGCUGCGUGACAGAUUCUUGUAAAUUUCACGGCAGUGUACAGUCGGUAGUUUGUUUCUCUGAAAACAAUCUAGUCCUCUCAAUUAUGUUCCUAACGAUUCCCCUAAGUGUUUCUCGAUCGAUGGGUAAACCAGGAAAGGAAAAUCUGAAGUUAUCGUUACCUCUUCAAUGCGUUACAUGAAAGGACAAAAAAAUUAAAAGAAACGUACACCAGACAUUAUAAAUUAUUCACGGCUGUGCUCUAGCAGGGACUAAGCGCCGCAAGUGACCAACUUUUGUUGAUGGGUGACCUUUAUUACAUGGCUUUUAUGAAAACUUCCAAGAGCUGGGCUCCUUUUUUUUAAAGCUAUUUUUUUCUCAGACCACUAUCGUCUUUACUUUCUACUAAGUAGUUUGCCUACUCCUAGAACUGAAACCUCUAUGGUAUAGUCACCACGCAAUAUGGAGCUUUGUUUUGUCGGUGCAGUUUAGGAGAAAAACUAGGCUCUAAGCCCUUUACACCUUAAUAUGAAUAUCCAUUUUCUCAAUACCCUUUUCUAUACUUUCCUUUGGCACUGACCAAGUUAAUUCGUUUACAAUUGAAGCUUCUUAGGUUGCCGAUCAUUUCUUUAAUUCUCAUGAUAUUAAUGAAUGGUUCAACAGUUUACUGUAAGGAGAAAUUAGAUGCUGGUCACUCUUAAGGUUUUUGGGGUUGAGCAGAGAUUUAUCAAUUUCAAUAAUUUUAUUCAAUUUGGCCUCUGUAGUUUUUUGAAGAGGAAAAAGAACGUUUCGUUAUUUUUUACCAUAGUUGAUUCGUACAUAUUAUACCUCAUUAAUAAGCCUGAUAAGAUUAUUAAUAUAUAAAUAUACACAAAUGAAUGUAAAUUAUAAAAAAAAUCUUAAUAAGUUCAGACUCAACAAAUGUCAGUUAAGAAUACAAUAAAUAUAUAUUGUGUACUAUAUGUAAAAACGUACAACAAAUACAACAUCUAUGCUUAUCCAGAAGGUGAUGAUCAAUUCUUUAAAUGUAUGAUUUCUAUGUUAUAUUCGUGGCUUGGACGUUGGCAAAGUUCUAAGGCCCUAGUGUAGGGGAAGAAAUUGCCAAAAGUGAGAGAAGUUUUUUAUGUCUUUUAAUGAUUUAGCUGAGGCUGAAGUCAAGCGUUGGAUCACUGCAGAGUCCCAGAGUACCAGAGGUUUUAUUGACUAAAAUUAUUCUUGAAG